GACGGAGGUGAGAUUAUCAGUGAUCCUCAGCUGCAGCGGUCCUGUUGGUAUAAAGGGAAAUAAUCGCCAUGGGCAGCACCGACUCAAAAUUGAACUUCAGGAAAGCGGUGAUUCAGCUGACAACCAAAACACAGCCAGUGGAAGCCACAGAUGAUGCCUUCUGGGACCAGUUCUGGGCAGACACCACCACCACGGUCCAGGAUGUUUUUGCGCUGGUGCCAGCUGCAGAGAUAAGAGCUGUUCGAGAGGAGUCCCCCUCAAAUUUAGCAACCCUCUGCUAUAAGGCCGUGGAGAAGCUGGUGCAGGGUGCGGAGUCUGGCUGCCCCACAGAGAGGGAAAAGCAGGUGAUCCUGAACUGCACUCGCGUCCUGACCCGCAUCCUUCCUUACAUCUUUGAGGACCAGGACUGGAGAGGAUUCUUCUGGUCAACAGUGCCUGGUGCUGGUCGGGCUGGGACAGAUGAGCUGGAUGAUGACGAGGGAGCUCGACCACUGGCCGAGUCGCUGCUCUUGGCUAUCGCUGACCUGCUCUUCUGCCCUGACUUCACUGUGCACAGUCACAAGAGAGGCCCUGACUCAGUAGAAAACAUGCAGUCUAUAGACAGCUGUGAAUAUAUCUGGGAGGCAGGGGUAGGCUUUGCACAGUCCCCCCCUCUCAAUUACAUCCAUGACUUGAAUAGGACAGAGUUGCUGAGAUUGUUACUAACCUGCUUCUCUGAGGCCAUGUACCUGCCUCCUUCGUCGGACAACAAUGUCCUCAACCCCUGGGUGACUUUCUUCUGUUCCACAGAAAAUAGACAUGCUCUGCCUCUGUUCACCUCUCUGCUGAAUGUCGUGUGUGCCUAUGAUCCGGUGGGCUACGGCAUCCCGUACAACCACCUGCUCUUCUCUGACUACCGGGAGCAGCUGGUGGAGCAGGCUGUACAGAUCCUUAUUGUGACACUGGAGCACGACGGAGGGGUUCCCCACCGCCCUGCCUCCCCAUCCAGCAUGGAGGAACAAGAGCCCACAGGCCCUGAAAACCUAUUUGUGAAUUAUUUGUCCAGGAUUCACAGAGAGGAGGACUUUGACUUUGUACUGAAGGGCCUAGCUCGUCUGCUGACAAACCCUCUGACUCAGACUUACCUUCCUAACUCCACAAAGAAGAUCCAGUUCCACCAAGAGCUGUUGGUGCUCUUUUGGAAGCUAUGCGACUUCAAUAAGAAAUUCCUGUUUUUUGUUCUGAAGAGCAGUGAUGUGCUGGAUAUUCUGGUUCCGAUACUCUACUACCUGAAUGAUGCCAGGGCUGACCAGUCCCGUGUUGGACUCAUGCACAUUGGCGUGUUCAUUUUGCUGCUGUUGAGCGGGGAGAGAAACUUUGGUGUGCGCUUGAAUAAGCCCUACUCCAUCCAUGUGCCCAUGGAUAUUCCGGUGUUUACAGGGACUCACGCUGACCUGCUUAUAGUGGUGUUUCACAAGAUUAUCACCACAGGCCACCAGCGACUCCAGCCUCUGUUUGACUGCCUACUCACCAUUGUUGUAAAUGUUUCUCCUUAUUUGAAGAGCCUGUCCAUGGUGGCAGCCAACAAACUGCUCCACCUGCUGGAGGCCUUCUCUACUAGCUGGUUCCUGUUCUCUGCAGCCCAGAACCAUCACCUUGUAUUCUUCCUUCUUGAGGCUUUUAACAACAUCAUCCAGUACCAGUUUGACGGAAACUGCAACCUGGUGUAUGCCAUCAUCCGCAAACGUAACGUGUUCCACCAGCUGGCCAACCUGCCAUCUGAUCCAGCUUCCAUUCAAAAGGCUUUACAGAGGAAGAGGAAGUCGCCAGAUGUCAUAUCCCGCACAAGCUCACAGGAGACUGUGUCCAUGGAGGGCUCUCACCCUGCUGUGCCAGCGGAGCCUGGUACACUGAAGGCCAGUCUGGUCGCUAUGCCAGGCAUUGAUAAACUCACAGAGAAGUCACAGGUGUCAGAGGAUGGCACCAUGGUGUCCGUCCCAAAGACAGACUCCUCACACACUGUCCAACCAGACCAAAGUGCAGUCGCCGGGACCAGUGAUACAGAGUCGAACUCAGGGAGAGAUAAUGAAGAUGUUUUCUACACUGAAGCUGAAAUGGAGAGAAGACGUUUGUCAAGUGCAUCUUCAACAUCGUUUUGGGCUCCCACACCAGACUGGGUGCUCUCCUGGAAGUGUAAGCUACCCCUGCAGACUAUCAUGCGUCUUCUUCAAGUGUUAGUUCCCCAGGUGGAGAAGAUCUGCAUUGACAAGGGUUUAACAGAUGAAUCAGAAAUCCUGAAGUUUCUCCAGCAUGGCACAUUAGUGGGCCUGCUGCCAGUUCCUCACCCCAUCCUCAUUAGAAAGUAUCAGGCCAACGCAGGCACAGCCAUGUGGUUUCGCACUUACAUGUGGGGUGUUGUCUAUUUGCGCAAUGUGGACCCUCCUAUCUGGUAUGACACUGAUGUCCGCCUUUUUGAGAUUCAGAGGAUGUAGACAGAAGGUUUUUUGGUCAUAAAACAAGGGACUGUUGACCGCCAGGGUUCCUCUUCCCUGCGGUAUCUGCUGGUUUCCCAGUACACCUCACUGUGUUUAACUUUCCACUGUAAUGAUCAUCUUCAUAGUGCUUGCCCCUUACACCACUGGCUUGUGUAGGAAAGUCAUCCCUAUGAGUGAGGAGAUUACGCUCAGAUUAAGAGGACAGACGAUCUAAUUAAAUUAUUAUCACUGACCGUUAACAAAUACGUUUGUACAUUUCUUCAGACCUCAAGACCACAGAAUGCCUGUCAGAGCACUGAGAUGACUGGAGUGUUUACUGAAUGCUGAGGCUCUUUUCUUGACAGCAUUGAUUUGAAAGAGGAAAUGUUUAAUUUUUCAGUUGUAAUUGAAGAUAUGGUGCUUUCCAACAGAGGCUUGUAACAUGGAUGGCACAGCAUUGGUGUUUCACGUCGUACUUGCCAUGCUUUAAAGUGAACUUGCACUCUUUGAGUUGUCUGUUACUAUGGUUGUAGUUUAUGUGAUAAUGUAACUCUGCAGGAUUUUGGAGACAAUAAUACAGAUUGUAUGUUUUUAUGUAUAUGACCAGGUUUAAAUUUAGAUCUGGCUGGUUAUGCUUAUAAUGCUUGAUGUUGAAAAUUGUAUUUUCCUUAAACUUUC